AAAUGUCCUGCAGCGGCUUCAGAGGAACAUUCAGAAAGAAAUCUGCAAAGAGACGCAAAGAUGAAGAACCUCGUCUUCCUCACUUUAUUAUGUGUGGCCUCGACUCUGGCCGACCCUGUGGACCCCCGAGGGGCUCGUCCCGUGCAGCAGGGAACUCGAUCUGAUAAAUGUGCGACGGAGAAAGAGUGGCCGUUCUGCACCGACGAACAAUGGGGCUCAAAGUGUCCGUCCGGCUGCAGGAUUCAGGGUCUUCUGGAUAAAUACGACCACGGCACGCUGACGAAAAUCGAGAAGAUCCGCAGCCUCCUGGAUCAGAACCGGGCCAAACACCGGUCAGCUGACCAGGUCUCCAAGCAGACCCACGACUACCUGAAGGAGAAGCUCACCCUCGACUCAGGAAACGACAACAGCUACUUCGACCUGGCUCAGAGUCUCCGGACGAGGAUCACGGCCAUGAAGAUCCGGAUCGACCGGCAGCUCGGGGUGCUGGCGGCGCUGAAGCAGCGCGUGAAGGACCAGGUGGACGACAUGCAGCGCCUCGAGAUCGACAUCGACAUUAAGCUGCGUUCCUGCAAAGGAUCCUGCCAAACCUACGCCAAGUACGACGUGGACCAGGACAGCUACGUGACUCUGCAGAAACAGGUGGACCAGCUGGACUCGCAGGCGGCGCAGAACAUCGAGGCGGUGGGAACGCUGUACGUGAUGAAGAGUCGCCCGCUGAAGGGCGUCAUCGUGGACAGCGUCUAUAAAUCAGGACCGACCGGCCCGGCGAUGGCUCAGCAGAAAGAAGACAUGUUCCCCGACGUGAACACGGUGAAUUUGAUCCUGGAGUUGGAGGGCUCCAGUUCUUCCCCCGCCACCAUCUCCAAGGCCCCAGGUACUUCCUUCACUUCCUCCUCUUCCUCUUCCUCUAUCACCAAUCUCGGAGGAAACGGGGAUUUCUUGGGUGGCGGCGAUGGUCUCCGACAGCCGAGUACGAGCACUCACGUCACCUGCACCAUGAGCACCCGGAGAACCGUGGUUCAAACCAAAGAUGGUCCGGUGGAAACAGUGGAGGAAGUGAUGGAGGGAGGCCCCGAAUGCCAAUCAAUGACCGACUUCACCCAGGGAGGAUCCAGCUCUGUUUUCCCCAGCCUCACACACACUUCUUCCUCCUCUUCUUCCUCUUCCUCUUCGUCUAAAAUCGUCCAAGCCGGCGGCACCAAAGGAAGCCUUUUAGACACCAAAAGCGGGUUUUCCGGGAAUCCGUUCGGCGACUUUGGCGCUGACCUCGGCGGGUUCAUGGCGGGUCUCGCCGAUGACGACGUUCCCGAUUUCCACGCCCGCAGUGUGAAGAGCGUGCGUACGGAGCGGGAGGCCGGGUAUAUAGGAAAAGAUUGUGUCGACGCCCACAGGAAGCAUCUGAACGGAGAAACGAGCGGCCUUUUUACGAUCAGACCUGGAGGCCAAGACUCCCCCCAGCUGGUGGAGGUUUACUGCCAGCAGGAGGGGAUAAUGGGAGGGUGGGUGUUAGUCCAGCUGAGAGAAAACAGCGCGCUAAACUUCAACCGAUCCUGGGCCGAGUAUCGCAACGCUUUCGGGUCCGUUGACGCGACGGGAGGCGGGGGGUUCUGGAUCGGAAACCAGAACCUCCACCUGCUGACGAAUCAGGGCGAGAACAUGCUGAAAGUGGAGCUGGAGGAUUGGGAAGGAGGCGUAGCUAACGCAGAGUUCACGAUCAGAGUCGGUUCUGAAGACGAAGGGUAUCCAAUUCACGUUUCCGGGUACACGGGAGACGCCGGGGACGCGCUAACGUCGUCGCACAACGGGAUGAAGUUCAGCACCUUUGAUAAAGAUAACGAUAAGUCAGAGGGGAGUUGCGCGGAGAUGUAUGGCGGAGGAUGGUGGUACAACGACUGUCAGGCGGCUAACCUCAACGGGGUUUAUUAUAAAGGCGCGUACGAACCGGAGAAAACCGCGCCGUACGGAGUUGCUAACGGAGUUGUGUGGGAGACGUUUAAACCGACAAAUUACAGUCUGAAAAAGGUUAAAAUGUUCAUCAGGUCGGCAGCUUUUUAGACACACUGAGAAAAGAUAAAACAUCAAUAAUAACGGCUAACUUAAACGGGAUUUUAAUGUUCAUCAGAUCGACGUUUUUUAAUUAGAUGCUGAGAUAAAAUACAACAACUUUCAGGCUGCUAACUUAAUGAGAUUUAUCAUAUCGAGGAUUGUACGACCCGUGCAGUACUUAGUUGCAAACGAAGGCGCGUGGAAGACAUUUAAAUCGGCAAAUGACAGCUUAAAAAUUGUAAUUGUAAGCAGAGAAAACAUGGCAAAACUUUAAAUCACAUAAAUCCCCUGAAAAACGCACCGUACGUUGAUGUUCAAACCGGCCAAUGUCCGUCAGAUCAGCGGCUUUUUGAUUAGACACUGAUAAAAAAAAUGUUUAAAGCAACAACAGCCUGAAAAACCGUUGCCGGGCAGAUUGCUUAAAUGGGAUUUAUUCUAAAGUCUAAAUAAUUUAACAAUAUGUUGCCAGUAAAUGUCACAUGUUACCAUAUUAAUAUGCAUAUUUGGCUUUUGUUUGAAUGUACAAUCUUUUAUUUAAACUCUAAGAGCAACAAGGCAGGACUAGAGAAAAGCUUAAAGUAGGACGUGCAUUUCAGACUGUUGGUCUGUCCGUGUUUAUUCUUCCUGAUUGUGUAAAUUUCAUCGACCUGUUGAUCCCAGAAGAGUUUGUGGGAAAUCACAAAGUGUUCCCAAUAUUUUCCCUGUUUCUCAACUUUGUACGGAGCGAUGAACUCGUGCAAAUCAAUAAAGAUCAAAUGUUCACUUCA